UGCUAGUAGCGUAAUCUGUCCGGUUUUUUCGACAUUUCUCUCAAAGUUAUUAGUUUGGUUUGGUGGAAUCGAAAUCGAAGCGGUCAUCGUCUUCUAAUAAAAAUUUGUUCUUUUUAUAUACGAAAAAAAUUAAUUUUUAAUAUUUAGAAAAUAUUUUAAAAGAUAUUAUAAAGGGUUAAAAUUUAGAGACGAAAUGUCUUCAAGUGCGGGUUCAAGUAGUGGUGGCGCCGGCAGAGGACGUAGCGGAAGUGGAUCAACGAACUCUGCUUCAGCAAAUGACGCAAAUAAACCUGAAGGGGGAAAAGAUUCAAAACCAAAUCCAAAAAUUUCAAAAGCAUUGGGUACAUCAGCAAAACGUAUACAGAAAGAACUUGCCGAAAUUACAUUAGAUCCACCUCCAAAUUGCAGUGCAGGACCAAAAGGUGAUAAUUUAUAUGAGUGGGUCUCAACAAUUUUAGGUCCACCAGGAUCUGUUUAUGAGGGAGGUGUAUUUUUCUUAGAUAUUCAUUUUUCACCAGAAUAUCCUUUUAAGCCCCCAAAGGUUACAUUUAGAACUAGAAUUUAUCAUUGCAAUAUUAAUAGUCAAGGUGUAAUCUGCUUGGAUAUUCUCAAAGAUAAUUGGUCUCCAGCAUUAACUAUAUCAAAGGUUCUCCUUUCGAUUUGCUCCCUCUUGACUGAUUGCAAUCCCGCUGAUCCACUUGUUGGUAGCAUUGCCACGCAAUAUUUACAAAACCGGGAAGAGCAUGAUCGAAUCGCUAGACUUUGGACAAAAAGGUAUGCAACGUGAUUGCAUAAAUAUUUUGAUUAUAAAAAAUCAAGCACUACAAUUAUCCUAUAAUUAUAAAUAAAUAAAAAAAAAAUAUUUCAUUAAAAUACCUAAAAAUUUAAAAAAAGAAAAAAACAAAAACUGAUAAAAAAAAGAAUUCAAGAAAAAUUAUUCAUACAAAACAUAUUAAACUGAAUGAAAAAAAGCGACUUUGUAACCAAUAACACAAAAAAAAAAUAAAUUUUGGGAAAUAAAAAAAUCAUCACACGUUAAUAUGAAAUUUAAUUUUAAGAAAUAGACUAAACAUAACAAUUUCUAAAGAACUUAAUACUUUAGAAAAGAAAUAACAAAAAAAAAAAAUUUUAGAUUUUUAACUUUGUGAUUUUUGUUUGAUAUUUACGUUUUUGUUUUUUUUUUUCUUGUAAAAUUCAAAUCAAAUAAAAUUAGAUUCACUUUAAUUAAACUGAGUUCAAGAAUGAGCAAAAUCAUUUGAGUUCCAACAUCUAGCUACCAACUUUGAAUUUAUUGUAUUCAAAUGAAUUUGUAAAAAUUGACGUAAAUUUAAUAAUGCUCUUGAAUUGAAAUUUUUCUGUAUUUUUGUUUUUAUAUAUAAAUUAAAACAAAAAUUUUUAUGUAUAUAUAUAUACAUAUGUAUACAUUUAGGAACUUUGGAAAUGGUAGCUUGAUGCAAGUCUGAUUCUGAUAAUAUUAUUUCUACUCAUUUAUUUUUAUUUCUGUUCUUAAUUCAUUAUUCAAGUGGAUUUGUACCCCACAAUCUAUGUAAUUAGUUUUCAGUAUAACAAUAUAAAAAAAAUACUAUAAAAUAAAAAAAAACAAUUCGAACUUUUGCGAUCAUUUAUAUAAAAAUAAUUUUGAGAAUUGAAUUCGAAUUAAAUUAAAUUUUAUAUUUACUAUUUGUAUUAGAAAUUAAUAGUAUAUAAUUUAUCAAAGAAACAAAAAAAAAAAAAUAAAAUUAUAAAAAAAAAAAAAAGAAAAUAAAAAAAAAUUUUUUUUAAAUAAGAUUUAUGCAUAU